UAACCUAAUAGAACCUCCAUGGGUUUCUUAUAGCCACCAAUGUCAGAGUGACAGUGAUUGAUGACAGCACGUCAAUGUAACGUUAGAAAACAACAAUAUUAGAGUAUUUACCGAGGGGCCUAAUACAUUUUUUUUCUUGUGACCUGAGUUUUUAAACUAAAACCGGCAAGAUGGUGAUGCUAAAGCAGGUGUCGAUACGACUUAAGUCUAUCAAGAAUAUUCAGAAGAUCACAAAAACCAUGAAAAUGGUGUCAGCGAGCAAGUUCGCAAGAGCGGAACGCGAACUUCAUGCCGCACGGCCCUUCGGCUACGGACCCCGUAAGUUCUACCAGUCAUCGCAGCUGGUGAAAGGUCCAGUUGACGACGCAGCCGACCAUCAUCACCACCACCACUCAAAGACAAAGGUAAAAGUCGUAGAAGCCCAGCCCGCGCCUGAGGCCGAGCUGAAACCCGAACAGAAGGAAGCAGAGAAGAAACUCAAAAGGAUCUACAUAGCCAUGACUUCUGAUAGAGGUCUAUGCGGUGGAGUGCACAGCGGAGUGUCGCGGCGCAUCAAGCGCGAGCUGACGGCUCGCACGGCCGACGGCGCGCACAGCAAGCUGGUCUGCGUGGGCGACAAGUCUCGUACCAUGCUGCGACGUAUUUACGCACCGAAUAUGCUCGUCAGCGUCAAAGAGGUCGGACGCCUGGCUCCAACGUUCGCAGAUGCGUCGCGGAUGGCGGCUGUCAUUUCGGAAGCCGGCUACGCGUACGAUCUUGGCGAGAUCUACUACAACAAGUACUUCACGCCUGUCAAAUACGAGCUCAGCGUUAUACCUGUAUUCAAUAAAACCAAGAUAGAGGGCGCACCCAACAUGACUGCAUUCGACGACGUCGAGGACGACACGCUUGAGAGCUACACUGAGUGGACGCUGGCGGCGCUGCUGUACUACGCGCUCAAGGAGGGCGCGGCGUCCGAGCAGUCAGCCCGCAUGGCGGCCAUGGACAACGCCACGAAGAACGCUGCCGACAUGAUCCGCAGGCUCACGCUAUUGUUCAACCGCACGCGUCAAGCUGUCAUCACCAGAGAACUCAUCGAGAUCAUCUCUGGAGCAGCGGCGCUCAAGACGUGAUAACACUAUAUGUAACCAGUAUUGUAUGCUUAUUGCCAGAUUUUUUAGGAUAUAUAGUAGUAUAGUAUGUUUAUGGGAUGGAUGGAACAUCGACGCAAUUACAUACUUACAUAUCAAUGAAAUGAUUUCGGAUGAUUUCUUACUGUAAAUAAAAGUAAAAAGUGCUUUUGGUCACGAGAUUUAGUUGUAAAAACCUAAGUCCUUUCGCAAAGUUUUUGCAUCGAUGUCUCUUUCACCCUUUUAUGUAAUAUUGCUUUGUAAUUACGAUUUGCUUAAUAUUGUUUUAAGAAGUAUUUUAUUUUAAUUAACUGUUUCACUGAACUCGUGAUGUGAUCUCAAAAGCGCCAAUCAUAUAAAUGUAUCAAGACCAUCUGUUUCAUUAAAAUAGCAUCAGAGUUU